ACCAUAGAUAACAUUAUUAUCAAUGUUGAGUACUGAAGUAAUAUCACAAAUCACAGCUUUACCAAAUAUGUAAUACUCUACUACUAAAGUUAAUAAUUUGUUAUAAUYAAGUUUGACAAGUUUUAUAUUAAGUUGAUGCAAUGAGAUAUUUGUYGGAUGACUUAGAUACAAUACUGUGCAAUAUUCAUAAUAAUAUUUUAUUAUAUUGUACAUUUUAUAAGGUUCUCUAAUACCAUUAAAAGGAUACAAACUUACUGUAGUUUAUAUGAUUGUCAUAUUGUUAUUCAAAUUUAUUGCUAAUUAAUUAUUAAUUGGUAAAUAAACUGAGUUUAAAGGACUCAUAAUUUGUUUUUGAAUCGUAAAAAUUAACUAUAUUUAAAAUGCCCAAGAAGUUUGUUGGCAUGAAUUCUAAAGCUUCAGAAGCCAAAGCUCGACGAGAUGCUAUUAAACAAGAAGCAGAUGCUCUAAAAAAAAAGGCGAUUGAAGAUGAAUUUUGGAAAGAUGAUGACAAGAACAUUGCUAAAAAACAAAAAAGAAAGGAGGAGAAAGAGAAGAAAAAAAUUGAACACUUAGAAAAGAAACGAGAAGCACAAAUAUUACUGGAAACUGAACUUAGUGAAAUUAAGACAACGCAAAUUAAYCAAAAAAUCACUAGGCAUCAGCUUAUGAAAGAACUUGAUACUUCAUCAAAUCUUAAGUCAAAAUCAACAUUGAAUGAAAAUGAAGAAUGUUCUAUUGAAGAAAAUUUAAAUCGUUUGACUAUGCAUGAUGAAGAAGCACGAACAGUUGAUGAGGCUCUUGAUAUGCUAAAUUUUUCAAAGAGCUUUGCAAAUGUGGGUAGUAAACUUAUGGGACAAUGCGAACUGGUGAGGUGCUUUGGCUUAUUGGGUUUAGAGAUCAUAAUGGCCGAAGCUUUUGAAUUACUGAAACAACUUCAGCAGGGGAAAUCGGUUUUGCGGAAAGAGACAAAUGGGCAAAGGGGAGGACAAGAAUGA